UUAUAGUAAUUUCACCUAGCCCACGUUUCCCUGGUCGGUUUAUUAUAUCAUGAGAGAUUGCGCCAAAAGCCUGACUAAAAUCAAGCUAUAGCCUGGCUUCCGCUCCCCCCGGCCAGCAGUGUCAGAACAGGCUAAGGGCCCAGACUGGGUGUAGGAAGGGGAAUUCCUGUCAAACAGCAGCCGCCACCUUCAGAUGUGCCUCCCCAGCAGGUAGCUCCCAGCCGCGCCCAGGCCUCUCCCGGCAGCAGGCACGGCCGGCCGGGGGGCCGGCUUCCGACCCACGAGCGGCGCCUAACAGCCCCGCGUCGUCUCCCCGCGUUCCGUUUCCUGGGGCCCGCCCUGCCUGGAAUGAGAGGUCUCUGCUCGCCGCCAAGGCAAGACGAGGCGAGGGCAGGGCCAGCCAGGCCAGGCCCUGUCACGGGGCUGGGCGUCCGAAGCCAGGCAAGCAGAGGGCGGGGCCCGGCCCUCAACAGCCCUGGCCUCUUCUUCCUUCAUCCCGCCCUUGCCGAGAGGCGGCCGCAGAGUCUCAGCGGUGAGGCGCUUCUGGAAGCCAGGCCGCGGCUCCCGCCCUCCGGCGCGCCAGGGGUAGGCGGGUAGCGGCGGGAUCCGGAAGUGCGGAUCGCGCGCGCCUGACGUGAUGACGUCAGUUGGUUGACCCCCAGAGAGGGGUAAGAAUCCGUUGCGGCCGUGCAGCUUCGGGCUGAGGCGGGCGGUGGAGGGACAGGCAUGUCCUGAGCACUGGCUUUACAACUCCCAUUGGCUGGGAACUGUGGCCAAUGCUGCCUGCAGGUGGAGGCAGUGCGCACCGUGCAGCGCUCCCUGGCUGCCCCUAUGCCUAGUAGCCAAGGAACAUGUUACUGCUUCCGGGGAGCCUCCUAAGAGCCUGUGAAAUGUAUUUCCUGGUACUACUAGAGCAGACAGAAAAUGCUGUGAGGAAGGUAUGGGAUGGUCCAUAAAAGUAUCACAAAAUCAUAUUGGACAACAAAAGGUAUUGAUGCUGCAUUAACCUCCUUCUUUUGCUUGGAAUCAAAAUGUCAAAGAAAUCUGAGGCUCCUCUUUCCUUGACUGACUGUCUUUGCCAGAUAUGCAUGGACAUUUUUGUGGAGCCAGUGACCCUGCCAUGCAACCACACACUCUGUAACUCUUGUUUCCAGUUGACAGUAGAGAAGGCAAGUUUGUACUGCCCUUUUUGCCGCCGGUGGGUCUCUUCUUGGGCGCGAUAUAAUGCCCGCAAAAAUACUCUUAUCAAUUGGGAACUGUGGGAAAGGAUUCAAAAGAAUUACCCAGAAGAAUGCCAGCGCAGAGUUAAUGGACAGGAUCUGGAAGAGGACAUUUGUAUAUCCCAACCACUGCAUCAGCUAAGCAAGCCUGGGGAACUGAGACAGGAAUAUGAGGCAGAGAUUAGCAAGGCGAAGGCAGAGAGGUGGGCACACGAACAAGAGGAGAGCAAAGCAAGUGAGGAGUACAUUCAAAGGCUAUUAGCAGAGGAAGAAGAAGUGCACAGGCUGGCAGAAGAAAGGCAGAGAGAGAUGGAGGAACAGCUUAAACAAGAUGAAGAGCUGGCAUGGGAGCUGAGUAUCAAUUUGAACAAGUCUACUGAUGAACACAUGUUCAGCACUCCUUUACGUGCAAACAGUCGCACAUCUGGCCCAUCUCCAAUUAGUUCAUGCAAGACAAAAAACAAAUCAAGCAACUCUGGAGACAUCCAAAAGUAUCUAUCUCCAAAGCCACCUUGUGCCUCGGUACCAAUGUUGCUCUCUAAAAAAGCAGAGAAACGCAGGAAUAACUCCUUUUCUAUGGAAAAUAAUAGCACUGAAGAUGACAUCUUAAUGUGGCAAGAAAAGGAUAGAGAGGAAAUGCCAACGCUGUCUCCACAAACUUUCUCCACUGUUCAAGACAGAAAUGUUAAGGAUUCAUUUUUAGAAUCAUGUCUGACUUAUUUAAAUACCUCUCCUGUAGUGGGGUCUCAUCCCAUUGAGUGGGAAGGUCUGUCAGGAGCAAACUAUAAGGUAGAUAAAAUUACAAAUGCACUUCACAAUGUCACAAAACAGGAAAGGCCUGAUACUGGACUUUCUUCUUCCAGUGGAGAGUUAGCUAGAAGUGCCUUUGAAAAUGAUAACUCUACAUGUACAGAAAACAUAGACUCUGAAAUAUGUGCAGAAAUUAGCUCUUCUCUUCAGGAAGCAGUUGAUUCUGUGACAUCUGGCAAAUUAGAAAACAGGGAUGCAUCCCAUAAUCUCAUGGAAGUGGCUGCAAACUGCUCAGUUGAAGGAAAGAAACAAAAUGUGUUACAGAACAGUAAGGAGACACCAAAAAGAAAAUCUCAAGAAUCUCCAACUGAAUCAGCAGUUGAUGCAUGCUUGAUUGAUAAAAGGAGGAAAACUUUUCCAGAAACUUAUGAAGACCAAGAGGAGAAGGUAAAUGAUCUUAAUGUGCAAAUGCAUAUAGAUUUGGAGAAGCAGCUUUAUGAGAGGCGGAAGCAAGAGGAGCAAGACAGGCUCCUGGCUCUGCAACUUCAGAGAGAGAUAAACAGGGAGCAAAAGACAUUAAACCGAAAGAAAGGCUCUCCAGAUGAGUACCUUCUGCGUCCUAAAGCAUCUCCAUGUCUGGAGGAAUCUCCAACUGGGACAGGUAGUAAUAAGAUGGCAAGUGAGUCGACAUCUCCCAAGAGCCAGACUGAAACGAGUCAUCGGAAACCGCGAAGAAGCUCCCACAAUGAGAACUGGCAGCCUCCCAGCAACCUCCAGAUGAAAUUGCCGAGUGUCAGAGGAGGAAAAGUGUUGAAUUGUGUCAACAGCUGUGACUCAAAGGAUAUCCAAUCACUGUUGACCAAGAAUAAGCAAAAGACAAUCCUUCAGAUGUUUAAGAGGUCUGUUUCAAAGUAAAAGAUCAGUAGAACUAUGAAGGCACAGUGGGGUGGAUGGGAAAUAAAGCAGUAUCCUUCCCUGUAUCAGAUAAAGCUUGUUGUAAACAGCUAGUUUUAAGUUGAUUGUAUUAAAGGAGGAUCAAUUUAGAGCAUAAAUGCACUCAGAAUUAUACAGUGCUGUUGAACCAAGGAGCCUCUAAUGCCUUUCUUUCCUCCAGACCUUAUCAGUUUUAGUUAAUUUCUUAACUAAAUACAGAACGAGUCUGUAUCUUCAAUUAUUUGCUCACUGCAGGGCUACAGCACUAGAGGCCUCCAUCAGCACAGCUGCUGUGCGUUAUGUUGAAGGAUUGGACUCUAACCUCACCAUGCUUGAUUAGUGUUGGCUAGUGAAGAUAUGACCAUUAACCAUGUCUAUUGUACUCUUUUCCUCUCACAGUUCUGUAAUUAGAUUCCUAUUGAAAAUAUUGGCUAAAUUAGCAUUACUUUUUCUACAACAAUGUUGAAUUUCAUCAAAAGUAUAUAAUCUACAAAAUCACCAGACCAGAAAAGAGGUGGGGAGGGGGCGGGAAAAGUCAAGAUAAACAGACUAUAAUUUGGAGUAAGUUAUAAUUAAUGAAUCAACAAGUGUGAAUAAGGACUACGUUUAUUCCCAGUUUUGAGUUAGUUUGUCUGGUUAUAAGACUACCCUUUCUUUUUGUCAUCUUUGUAGGAUAUCAUCCCUUUAUGUCAGUAACCAUUUUCCUCCUGCUUUGCUGUUUUGUUACAUGUUAAAUAUUUUUGUUCAAAUAAGCAAAUAAUAUCAGAGCUUUAUAAUUCAUCUGAAUUGCUGUUUGUCUAGAAUGCGAGAAACCUCAGGCCUGUGAGAAGUUAUUGCAGGCUACAAAUGAUAGGUGAAGGGUUCUCAUUUGCCCACAUUGCUUCCUCCUCGUUACUUCUCUGAAACUCCCAGUUUACUAUUUUGUUUGCAUUGUGAGGAAACAAAAAUCAACAAUUUUAUUUUAUUUGGACUUGCCAAAUGUUAACCUAAAUGUUAAUCUACAGUAAUACUGAUGAAGCUGUUCUGUGUAUAUUCACAUUUUUAGUGGAUGAGUAUUACAAUAAAUGUUUGGAUCCUA